AUGAAUUGAUUGGUAUAAGACCAUCAUUGAAAACCUGGAAGCACUGAAUAGCCGUUUUGUUCUAUUGUACAUCUUCUCAGCAGUGUACAUUCACAAUUCCGCUCAUGGGAUUCAAAUCCAUGUCGUCUAGUCUGACGUACGAAUGCUUAACCUCUAGAUCAUUGAAUCCGCUGAGGAUUCCUACAAUAGUGGUCUAAUAUUAAUUAGUUCAUGAAUUUCAUCAAAAAGACCUACUGAAUUAUUGAUUUAUUAAUGUGAACUACAACUCAAUCAAUAUUUUAUAUAUAACAAAUGUAUUAACGUUUAUUUCAGUAUCUAUCUAUCUACAUUAACAAUUGAAAAGAAUGGUCUCCAACGAUGAUCAAUAUUCUAAUUGUACAUCUCCAACUUUAAAUAAAACAAAUUAUAUAUCACAUUUUAAUCGAUUAAAUUUACAUGGAGAUAAUAAAUCUAAUACACCAUGGAUACGUGGAGAAGUUAUUCAUGAGGGAAAUAUUGAACAAUAUCAAUUAAAUUUAGAUAAUAAUAAUUAUAAAAUGAAACAUUUAACUAAAAUCAAUAAUCAUGAUAUAAAUCAUAAUGAUAAUUGGAAUAAAGUUAAAACAUCAUCGCCGUCGCCAUCGUCAUCCUCAUCGUCGCCGUCUUCGUCGUCGCCGUCGUCGUCGUCGCCGUCGUCGUCGUCCUCAUCAUCAUCAUCACCAUCAACAGAUUCUGAUUUUGUAUCAAAUGAUAUUAGUCAAUCAUUAUCAUCAUCAUCAUCAUCAUCAUCAUCAUCAUCACCAUCAAAUUCAUCACCGACGUCGUCGUCGCCGUCAACAACAUCAUCAUCAUCAUCCAAUGAUGAAUAUAAACAAUUACAACGAAAAAGUAAAAGUUCAUUGAAUUUAUCAAUUUCAUCUAUGAUUAUAUAUGAUACAUAUAAGAAUGAAGAUGAUAUAAAUGUUAAUCAUCAUAUGAAUGAUAAUAUACAAAAACAAAAUGAAUCCAUAGAAUAUAAUAAUGAUCAUAAUAAUAAUCAGAAAGAAGGUAAAUCUGGAAAUAUGAAUGACUAUCUUACUCUUGUUUGGGAUGAUCUACCUGAAACAUAA